UACAAGGCGACGUAUGGCAAGCAAUCACUAUAUAAAGCCUUCCAAUUAGCUCAAAUUUUAUCCAGUGUCGAGCUGCAAUUUCUGUAGUCAACAAGUAAUUGCUUCCGUACGCAACUAAUAUUCCCACAACCAACAUGUUCAAACUGAUUCUCAUCUCUGCUCUAAUUGCGGCAGUUUAUUGCGCCCCAGCGGAUAAAGCGGGACAGGACCGCAUGGAUAUAUCAGAAACGUCGUGGAACCCUGCAUGGUCUAACCACGCCAAUCCGAAUGCUGCCUGGCAAAACCCGAACGCUUGGGGCGCCAACAGCUGGAACCGUUGGAACAAUCCUUCCGAACAACGCUGGAACCGUUGGGGAGCCAAUGCUGAUCCCUGGAAUCGUUGGGGAGGAGCUAAUGCUGGAUGGAACCAAUGGAACCGUGCUGGAACUUGGCCAGCUGGUGGCGCCGCUGCGAACCGUGCCUGGAAUCCAUGGUAAAUGGUAUCAAAUGUUCACAGAACAGUUACCAAUGGAUGUCGCAUCUAAACCCUAUAAAGAAAGGCUAUGUUUUUGGUCGAAUUUAUCUGUUUCUUAAUAAAGUUCUCAAAUCUCCAA